AUGGGCACGUUCGCGGAAGAGUUCAGGUCGCGGAACUUCAGCAUAUACGGUCAAUGGACCGGCGUGCUCUGCGUAAUCCUCUGCUUCGCGCUGGGUAUCGCCAACAUCUUCCACUUCCACUGGGUCAUCCUCUUUAGCGUCUUCUGCCUUGUCUCAGCCUUCAUCAUCCUCUUCAUAGAGGUACCGCUCCUACUACGAAUCUGCCCAACUUCCGCCGGCUUCGACGCCUUCAUUCGCCGCUUCGAGACCAACUAUAUGCGCGCGGCAAUCUAUCUCGUCCUCUCCAUCAUCCAAUGGCUCUCGAUCAUUGCGCUCACGACGUCGCUUAUUGCGUGUGCAGUAGUGCUCCUUAUUGCGGCUAUCUUCUAUGCGUUGGCGGGAAUUAGAGGGCAGGCUUUCAUCAAUAGCAAGACGCUGGGUGGACAAGGUGUUGCGCAGAUGAUUGUGUGA